GUAGCGGCGGCGGCGGCAGCGAAGGCGACAUGAGCAGCGGGGCGGCGUCCGCGACGGGGCGGGGGCGGCCCCGGGGCGGGGGGCCGGGACCCGGGGACCCCCCACCCAGCGAGACACACAAGCUGGUGGUCGUGGGCGGCGGCGGCGUGGGCAAGAGUGCGCUGACCAUCCAGUUCAUCCAGUCCUACUUCGUUUCUGACUACGACCCCACCAUCGAAGACUCCUACACCAAGAUCUGCACCGUGGAUGGCGUCCCGGCCCGGCUGGACAUCCUGGACACCGCGGGCCAGGAGGAGUUUGGCGCCAUGCGGGAGCAGUACAUGCGCGCCGGGCACGGGUUCCUGCUGGUGUUUGCCAUUAACGACCGGCAGAGUUUCAACGAGGUGAGCAAGCUCUUCACGCAGAUCCUCCGGGUCAAGGACCGCGACGACUUCCCCAUCGUGUUGGUGGGGAACAAGGCGGAUCUGGAAGCGCAGCGCCAGGUGCCCCGAUCUGAAGCCAACAGCUUCAGCGCCUCCCACCACGUGGCCUACUUCGAGGCCUCGGCCAAACUGCGCCUCAACGUGGACGAGGCCUUCGAGCAGCUGGUGCGGGCUGUCCGGAAGUACCAGGAGCAGGAGCUGCCGCCCAGCCCGCCCAGCUCCCCCAGGAAGAAGACCAGGAGCUGCCCCUGCGUCGUCCUGUAGAGGAACCAGCACGCGCCCCCGGGACCAGCUGCCCUUCCCCAGCGGGGUCUCCCAGGCCACACUACACCCCCACCCACAACCCCGGCCUGCGGCCACUGCCACCGCGUGCCUCUGCCAAUGCCUCCUGCCCCCACCCAGGCCCCUGGUGGGGGCGAGGGGCUCCCGGGCCUCCAGUCCGGGUCACUGCUGUAUAUAACCCCGCCCCAGAGAAAUAAACGUCACUGCCAGUGU